AUUGGUGCUGAUGAGAGGGAGUGGAGAGCGUCACCGACUGCGCUCUCUCCGCAUUCGAGACGCGCAUUCUGCAGGAGCGUCGCGUAUUGCAGGUUAUGCGAGAUUUACUACACGUCCACAUAUAGACAAUUAACCUCAAUGGGCAGUUGUAGCAUCGCUUUAGUUGAUAUCCGAACGGGCAGGUUGCUCAAACGCGAUACUGAGGCGAAAAGCAGCUGCUAUGGAGACUGAGCGCGCAUCGGUGCCCGUGAGGACGGUAAACACGCGCGGGUGUGACUCAAUGUGUCUUCUGUAGGGCAAACGCGAACGUGGGUUUCUCUUCUGAAGGAUGGGCUACUCAGAUCCGACAGCUAGUAGAGAUCUGUUGGGAAACAGAUCUUUGUGUUUUAUUUUUAUAUGUGCUUUUGGGCUGGUCACCUUAUUGCAGCAAAUCCUCUAUGGCAAGAACUACAUUAAAAGUGGGCAACAGUUUUCCCGCCUCAAAGGAGAGGAGGUGGGCAACUGGAGCGGGCUCAUUAGUUACCCCGAUGAUGGAGGGAUGAAGCCGGCCAGAAAUGGGAGGAAAAGAUGUGUCCGUCAGAAUUUUCAGCAUUCAGAGGCUCAGAGCUCCGUAGUUAUCACGCCGUGCCUAGCUGAUAUUCUGAAGAAAAAAAAAGAAAAGAAAAGGUAUCUGGAACGCUCCGAAGGCACUUUGGAGUACAACUCCACCUCCUGCAAGGAACUACGGCAAGAAAUCACAGAUGUGAAAGUACUGACCAUGGUGAAGACAUCAGAACUGUUUGAGCGCUGGAGGAACCUGCAGGUGUGUAAGUGGGAGCAAAACAAGGAGGAGACGGAUAACUUCAAAAUGUCUCUGUCACGCUGCUGCAAUGCCCCCUCCUUCCUGUUUACCACGAAGAGAAACACUCCCUCGGGCACCAAACUGCGUUAUGAGGUGGAUACGAGCGGAAUCUUGCACAUCAGCCCGGAGAUCUUUAAAAUGUUCCCUGAUGACAUGCCCUAUUCCAAAUCCCAGUUUAAGAAAUGUGCCGUCAUCGGGAACGGCGGCAUCAUUAAAAACAGCAAGUGUGGACGUGAGAUCGAUGCAGCUGACUUUGUCUUCCGAUGUAAUAUUCCUCCCAUCUCAGAUAUGUACAGUGAAGAUGUGGGAUCUAAGACUGAUCUUGUUACAGUAAAUCCCAGCAUUAUAACUGAGAGGUUUCAAAAGUUGGAGAAAUGGAGAAAGCCAUUUUACGACGUUCUGCAGAACUACGAGAAUUCCUCUGUGGUUUUGCCGGCGUUCUACAACACGCGGAACACCGAUGUGUCAUUUCGCGUCAAGUACAUGCUGGACGACUUCGAGUCGGCCCGUGGCGUGUUCUUCUUCCAUCCGCAGUACCUGCUGAACGUGCAGCGCUUCUGGGCUGUGCAGGGCGUCCGUGCCAAACGCCUCAGCAGCGGCCUGAUGCUGGUCACCGCGGCCAUGGAGUUAUGUGAAGAAGUGCAUCUCUACGGCUUCUGGGCAUUUCCCAUGAACCCCGCCGGCAUCUUCAUAACACACCAUUACUAUGACAACGUCAAGCCCCGCCCCGGUUUCCACGCCAUGCCGUACGAGAUUUUCAACUUCAUGCACAUGCACGCUCGCGGCAUCGUGCACGUGCACACAGGGCCCUGCAGGUGAAACCGCCAAGUGCAUCUACAAUCUGAUUGGUCCAUUUUGUAGAGCUCCUCCCAUUCACUGGCACUAUGGAACUCAGACUUAAGUGCGUGCGCGUGAAUCGCUGCCUUAAAGGCCAGGUGUUUUAUUACUGCGUGUGUUUACAAUAUCGUAUCGGGACAGUUGCAAAAUGGUGUUUAAUGUUUGGUGAAUUUCCGUAAUGGUGUCGUAUUUGUGUAUCAGAGCAGAUAUCACGUUUUAAACUUUGUGAGGAGGCGCCAAACCAGGCGUGAUGCAAUAGAACGCAACAGAUGAGUUCUGGAGCUAAAAACUCAUUCAUUUUCUCCAUAAUGACAUUGAUUUUUAACAAUAACUGAUAGAGACAGACGUGUUUUGAGCUCCAAGGUUAUUAAUUGAUGGUAAAUGCUUUGGUUGAAGCCAACUAAAGCAUAUAAAUACAUAAUAUGUUUGCAGAUAUUUAGGAAAUAUUCAUGUUUCUUUGAAAAACAAUGCUACAGCCAGUUAUUCUACUUUGAAAUGUGUGUUUCAUGUCGGAAUGUCUGUCUUUGUUUUGAUCUGUGUGACUCCGCCCACUGCCAGUUUACCCAAUAGCAUUUCAGCACGCCAGGUUGCCAGUUGGUGGAAAACACAGCGUGUUGCAGCCAUGGAAGCCUGCAAACGAACUGGGUCAGAGAUCGCAGAUUCUACCUGACCUAAAAAGCCUUGGCAUCCUUUAAAGUUCUCUCUGAGACAUUAAAGUCUGGAUAAAUCAACUCAUCAAUUUACAUUGUAAGGCUCAUUCCUGUUACGUGUCCUCAAUCUGGCAACCUGCAUGACUGUCCAGUCUGAGGAGUUUGUAAUGUUGUGCUUCACCUUGUAGCUGGUUGGUUUGGUUCAUGGCUAGCAGCAAAUAAGAAUUUUUACUUCUACAAUUCUAUUUUAGCAGACUAGCCCCACCCACAGUGGAAUCUCAUUGGCCAUUGGAAAAAGUGGGCGGACACUAAUGCUCAUAAAGCAGCAAAUGAGAAUUUUUAUUUCUACAGUUCUGUUUCAGCAGAGUAGCCCCACCCACAGUGGAAUCUCAUUGGUCAUUGGAAAAAGUGGGCGGACACUAAUGCUCAGAAAGCAGGAAAUGAGAAUUUUUAUUUCUACAGUUCUGUUUCAGCAGAGUAGCCCCACCCACAGUGGAAUCUCAUUGGUCUCAUUGGUCAUCUGGAAAAAGUGGGCAGGCACUACUGCACUCUAAAGCAGCAAAUGAUAAUUUUUUUUUUUUUCUACAUAUUUUAUUUCUGCACAGUAGCCCUAGCCACAGUGGAAUCUCAUUGGUCUAAUUGGUCUUUGGAAAAAGGGGGUGGGCACUAAUGCACAUAAAGCAACAAAUGAGAAUUUUUAUUUCUACGGUUUCUAUUUCUGCAGAGUAGCCCCGCCCAUUGUGAAAUCUCAUUGGUCAUUGGAAAAAAGUGGGCGGGCACUACUGCACUCUAAAGCAGCCAAUGAGAAUUUUUAUUUCUACAGUUCUAUUUCAGCAGAGUAGCUCCGCCCACAGCAGAAUCUGACUGGUCCAAAAUCCUCAGUCAAAUAUAUAUCACUGGCUAUGAUUGUGUCGCAUUGUGCCUGGUUAAGACAGAUUAUGCCAGUCCAAACAUGGUUUAAGAGCAAGUUUAUUGUUCAUUAACAACUACAUCAGUGCAUAAAAAUAGACUGAAUUUGACAUUUCAGUUGAAGUGUUUAUGUAUAAUAGUAAAUACAUGUUUAAUGCACAGGUUCUGAUGUUAUGUAUGAUAAUUCACAAGAAGUAAAAGUUUGUGUAAUCAAAUUCAAAACAGUUUAUGUCUUUCUCUCACACACAAUCUGUGAAUGAGGUUUUAGUGUCUUUUAAAUUGACUGAUCAUGUUUAUAAUGCUGAACUUUAUAUACUUUGUUUUCAGGUUGCUUGUAUAUGAUAUUGAGAUAUCGAUGUGACAUUAUCACUUUACCAAGAAAUCGACUUUUUACGAUUCAUCAAGAUCCUGAUUUCAUGAAACCUGAACACAUCUAUCUAUCUAUCUAUCUAUCUAUCUAUCUAUCUAUCUAUCGCCAUUAAUUUCUUAAGUUGCACAUAUCUGGCACAGAAUUAAUCACUUACUCUAUUUUUACUUUUUAAUAUUUAUUAAUUUAAUAUUCUUAUUUUUCAUGCAUUGAUUUUUUGUCCUGUCAUUGUUUUGUUAACACAAAUGUACAGUUGUUUGUCAAGCCAAUAAAGCACACAGAUCUGCUUCUAA